UUUACGGACAAUCUUACGGUGUUAGAUUCACGCACAAGCUCCUGAUCUGUAUCAUCCAUAACACACUUGACUCUCUCUACCAAAUUUUGCUGUUCAGUUGGCGCCAAUUCUGAUUUUACUUUGUUUCGAUGUCAAUUUUAUUUUCCCUCGUCCGCAGUUUUGUUGUUCUAUGAACAAACAGAAAUCAUAGAGAUAAGGUUGCGGUGGUAAUCGGAUCGGAUGGCUACGGAUGCGGGAGAUGGGUCAGCGAGCGAUAUGAACGAUCACAAGCCGUUCGUUCCCGAGAUUUCAGAUCUGGAGCUCUUGAAGACGGCGUGGCGCAACGAGAAAGCAGCGCCGGAGAUUCUUCCCUUCCAGACCAGAUUGGUUAAUGACAUGAAAGACCAGAUCCAAUGGAGGGAAGAAACUGUGGAUGAAUUUGAAGAAAGUGGUAAUGAUCCCCUUACUGUGUCGCUCUACCAAAUGGAUCUGGAUAGAAUUCAGUUCUUAUUGAGAUCUUAUCUUCGUGUUCGUCUUCAAAAGAUUGAGAAAUACAUGUUUCACAUUUUGAAAACUGAUAACCUGCGGGAUCGGCUUUCUGAACAAGAAAAAUUAUUUGCCAGAAGGUGUGUAGACGAUAUGGGAAAUCAUCUUGAAGAUACUGUUUUGUCAAAAUUGCCUGAUAAUUACCAGUCAGUACUGAAGCAAUCCAUAAUAAGUGAAGAGGACGAUAUGGUGCCAGAGCCUCAGUUGGAUGCAUUUGUUGCUGGGAAAAGCAGAAGCGAGAGCCCUCUUUAUGUGGACAUUCCCGGCAGAGGACACUUGGAGAUGCAGAAUGAUGAUCUGUUCUUUUUACAUUACAAGGUUGUAAAGGAGAAGGUAGAGAACGGCAUAAUAUAUUUGGUUUAAAUAUCCCCUCUGCGUCUUGCAAGUCAGUGAGCAACUAUUCUGAUGCUGCCAUCAUGGUAACUGUACACUAAUUUUCUGUGAGUUAAGUUUAUUCAGAGCCUGUGAUUAAAAUGUCCAGCAAUCUGCAUUUUCUAUUAAAUUGAAAGCUGAUUUUAACAUACCAACUACUCGAUAGCUUCCAAUUUCUGUCGGCUUUAGCUCCUAUUCAGUAUGCCAAACAGCCAGCCAUUUCUUCUCCUUGUUCUGUAUUUCUGGGCUUUGCUGAGUACUGUUUUCCCCCUCUGGUUACUGUAUGAGUGUUAACAAAUAUACUUCGGCGGAGUUAGGCCCAUUUCUGAACAUCAUUUCGAGUCCAUUCGAAUGUCAAAAGGCUCAAAUUCGUCUUUUAGAGUCCUUGUGAAAAAAAUUCGUGUUUUAGAGUGUAACAAAUUGUCUGUUUGA